AGAGAGAGAGAGAGCCAGUCCUGAGAUCUAGGUAUAUAAAGGAGUGCCCUGGCUUUCAUCAUCGUCAGUUGUCAGCGAAACUUACCUCCAUAACCAUGAUGAAGACUAUCAUCUUCGCCGGCGUCAUUUGCGUGGCAGUGGCUGCCCCGCAGUUCCAGGACCAAGUGGCUGCAAUCACUCGUGACGAACGAAUUGAUAACGGCGACGGGACCUUCAAUUACGUCUUCGAGGCUGACAACGGCAUCGCCGCCCAGGCCUCCGGCGUGCAAGGGUCCCUGGGACAGUCAAACAUCGAAGGAUCUUACAGAUACCCACUUAGCGACGGCAGCGGCUUCGUCGAGGUGAGGUACGUGGCUGACGAAAAUGGCUUCCGUGCCGAGUCCCCCUUCCUGCCCACCCCCCACCCAACUCCCGCCCACGUCAUCGAACUCCUGAGGAUCGCCGACGAACAGAGGGCUGCAGGAAUCACCUUCGAGUAACUUCCUCGCGGAAGAGAGAAUUCAUGCAGUUAAGUUGUCAACAAUAACAAAAAAAUCUAAAGUAGUAAGAACUACCAAGUUAUUGUGAAAUGUUAGAACACAUUUUGACACGAAAUAAUUAGUCGUGGUUUCAAGUAUAAAAUACUUCAUUUCCAAAGAGGUGGACUCUCCAGCAAAACACGCUCUUCCUCUUUCGAUAUGGGUACCUAAAGCUAUCUGAUUUUGAAAGGAAAAAUCUACAAAUUUAAGUUGGAAUACAUUCUAAUACAACUUUAUGAUAUUGUCAUACAACAAUACCAUCUUUGCUACCAGGAUGUGACGCUAAAAUAUUACAAUUUUACAUUUUAUGAGGUAAAAACGAAUAAGGUGUGUUUACCUAUUCCUGCCUUACUAUCCCCUAAAGACAAAUAUCGAUGAUGUGAGAAAUGAUGUAUAAAGUACAUAAUAUGA